CACAAACGCACGUGUAGUUUUUAUUUUUUACUGGACAAAAUCUAACAUAGGUAUUAUUAUAAUUUACAAGUCAUGAUUCUCAACUUUUUUUACUCUCAUUAGUAAAUUUGAGAAUUUACUAAAAUACCUAUUUAUAUUUGAAAUGUCAUAAUAUGUCCGUGUUUUUAAUAAAUCAAAUAAACUCGUAUAGUUUCAUGUCGUAUUGAUAAAGCUAUAAUAUACUGUAAUAAUGAUCGAGCCGGAAUUGUUUAAUUUCAAACCGCCUUUAAAUAAACAUGUGUAUGUUCAAAAGCGUUGGGAUAAAUUACUAGAAAAUAUUGACGAAUGCGGACUCACCCAUUCUAUUUCGGUCGUUUUGCCGGACACGAUUUUCAUUCCAAGUUAUAUUGAAAAUAUAUUUACUGAAAAUGGUCAAUACUACCUGAUUAAAAAUGUUACCCUAUGCUCAUUAAUAGAUCCUGGAUUUAUCACGUCUUUUGUGAAAAACGGUAAUGUUUAUGCAAUAUCUCUGAAUACUCAUAUUGAUGCUGAAGACUGUAUUUCAAUAACAAAUAGUAAUUUACUACAAAUGUCUUUAAUUCAAUCAUCCUAUCAGAGUAUAUGUCUACCAGUAAAAGACUCAAAAAUUACAUUGGAUUUGAAAGCAUUAAAAUUCAGUAGUAAAUCCUAUCAACGGAUCAAGGAGAGUUUUGAACGUUUUCAGACUAAGUUUGACAUGCUUGUUUGCUGGGAAUCCAAUGAUGAUGAUGUAUGUCCUUCAUCAAUAGCUUCAUAUUUUAAUAAAAAUGGAUUUGAAUGUCAAGAAUGUAAUCCACGAUCAAUUACAAGCAGAAAAUAUAAUAUGACCAUCCCAACAGGCACUGAUGAUUUUGGACUUCUAGAUACUUGGUUAUCAUAUUUUUCCUUAGAUAUAAAAAUCGAUGAUAAAAUACCCAGUAUUUUACCUGAUGGAAAGUUAACGAAAUCAAACUCUCGCAAUGUUGGUCAAGUAACUGAAAUUGUGUGGACAGGGUUUUUUAAUAAUCAAAAAGUUAAACUCUUGUUAGAGAAAUUCAGGGAAUUUCAGGAAAAAGAAGGGAAGAUAUACUGGAUAGCAAUUCAUUUGGAACCUUUUUCAAACUCACCAUAUCCAUGCACUCAUCGAACAAUUAUAUUAAAUCCCGAUGAAAAAUAUUCUGUUUCUUAUUGCACAAAAUGUAAAAAAUGUUGAAUUUAAAAUUUGUAUUGUAUUUUUAUUAUUCCAUACAUCGUCAUGGGUAAAUAAAUCGUUUUAUCAAAA